UUCAAUACCAACUAAGUGUAUAAAGUCUCAUCUCUGUGUAAGCUGGCAUUGCCAUAUAAAAAUUUAGGUAAAUAUUGCUUCCAAAAAUUAGCAAUGUGGCAGGUGUUAACAGCUGAUUUCAGUAAUGCAAUUUGAAUCAAUAAUAUUAGUAAGAAAUGCUAUUACAGUUAGAGUAAACUUGAUAGUAUUCCUGCACAAAAUGGAGUGUUGGUUGAGCCCCAAGAAUAUUUUUCACUGCAAGUACAGUAUAUUCUUUAUUUUAACAACGCUGGAAGUGAAUCAGAGCCAAAUUUCAACUCAAUUAAUGAAUUAGUGUAGGUUAAACAUAUGCCAGUUUUUCAUACACACUGGGUGAAAUACAGUGUGGAGUAGUAAAAUUGGGAAUUACUCGAUUCACAUAAAUAUACCUCAAUUUGGCGGAGAUGCCAUCCCGCAAACAGCAUUAUCACCUGACUCGAAAUCCCAGAAGCGGCGCAUUCCACACAAUUGCGUUUUAGGUUAGCAUGCACUCAUGCAUACAUCCCUUCUCCAUAAUAGUGUGGCACAAUUGUGCACAAUCAGGUUUAACACUUUCUAUUGUUGUGCAGCUCAGUGAAAUGUUAAGAAAUAGAAUACCGGUAAUUUAUCGUACUCUCGACCAAAACUAUUUCAACGAUGUAUUGAAAAUAAUCAAAUCACAUUAUAUUAAAAGAGAGCCGCAAUGCUUGGCUUUGAAAGUCACAGAAAAUAUGGCUACUAUGGUGGCAAAUUUGUUCUUAAAGGAGAUAUUGUCAGAAAAGUUAAGUAUAGGCGCAUUCGAUAAGAAAACGAAUGAGCUCAUUGCAAUACACAUUGUUGGACGUUUUAUGGAUUUAACCGAAUUUGGUUUCGACAAACACUUGUCAUUGCCAUUGCGUCAAAACAGAGAAAUUACGAAAACUCUAUUCAAAGGAUGGUCAAAACUAAGUGAUAAGAACACAAAAAAUUCUGUGCAAUAUUAUAUAACAUGCAUCAAAGAGAGAUAUUCAAGACAAAGUAUUCCCACGGAAAUGAACGAACAGACACAAGAAAUUGCACUGAAAAUGGGAUUUACAAAAAUCUGUGUCAUUGCAACGAAUCAUUAUAUCCAGAAAAGUUUGAAAAGAUGUGGAUUCAGUUUUGUGAAUGAGAUUCAAUAUGCAGAUUAUGUGGAUCCGAUAACAGGAAAACAAAUAUUUAAAUGUAUCCCGUUUCCACAUACAUUUAUGGGACUUGCAAUAAAGGAACUCGCGACGUCAAAACUGUAAAUAGGAACUAAGUGUAAUUUGAAUCAAAUAUCUUAUUAUCAGUUCAAACAUUUUCCAACUUCCGUCAUAUUAAAGAUUAUAUUGUUAUAUCCAAUACGAUCUUACUAGUUCUUGCCAGGGAUGUCCAGUUCGAACUUAAUAUUCGAAUACCGUAUUUAUAAGAAUAUCGAUAUCUCGGACUCCUCCCAGCGCCGCCCUGCACGUUUUGAUUGAAAACAAUUACAUAAUUUUAUGUUUCAUAGUAAUCGUGCGUCUCGGCAAUAAAUUACAACUGACAUGAGGGGAUUUCAAUCAGCGCCGGACUUGUAACACGUCGAUGAUGUAUUUGAUUGAAAAUUUAUUACAAUUAUUAUCGUAUAUUUCGAGAUAGUCUGGGCGGCCACGGCAAUAAAUCUAUAGGAAAAUUGUGACACCAAAUAGUUGAAAAAUAAACAAACAUUUUCUGUCUUGAUACUACGUAGGUCAUUGAUGGCUGGGAAUCGUGGUCACUCAUUUGAUUACGACUAUCAUCGCGUUAUAACAUUUGCGUUUUUAACUCUCUUUUCCUAGAAGCAAGAAAAUCACUAAUUUCAUUCAUAUCACACAGGCCAUUUGUAUUUAUGACUUCUGUCCAAUGAUUAUAUUAUUAACGCCUAAUUCCUAUGUCCCUGGAUUUCAGAAAAGUGAAUUAAAUUUAUGUGUGGGAUUUGAGAAUGUAUUCGAAAUUCCAGAUUAGAAAAUACUUUUUUACAAUGCAUGCGAGGUAGGCAAGUAUUCUAAUGGCUAUGGCCAUCUUUAGUUUACCACCAUCUACUUUUAAUAAAUAUUUGCAGUAAACCUUUUUCUAUAUAUUAAAGUAGCUGGCAUUUCAAGUAAUAUAAGAUAGCAUUCAUAUCAGAAUCGUAUAUAAUGAAGAGUUCUGCUUUUGUAAUUUACCUUGAUUGAAGUUAUCAAAUUAAAACUAUCUUGGGGAAAAUGUAGAAUUCAUUAUAUUUAUAGGAUUCAUAAAAUUAUCAACCAUUCCAUUUUGUAUUCAAUUUCUACCUAAAUGAUAGAUUUGUGUUUAGCACCGUAUGGUAUUUUGUAUCAUGUAUUGUUUUUAAUAUUGUGCCCUGUGAAUAGUUUGUCGUUGAAGUAGGUAUACUGCAUAUCGCUAUACAAAGAGUUUACAAUUGAUCGAUUUAAAAUUCAUGGCUAAUAUUAUUUCUGAAGUGUUCAACGCCGUCAUGCUUUUCGUUCACACAUAUAGUGUACAAAACUCAGACGCUGUAAAUUGCCAACAGUCAAAAGUAACAUGAAGUGCCUGUUAAUAAUUAAGGUUUAUUGCAAUAAGGUAAUCGUGAAUCCCAGAUCAAUCUCCCUAGUCGCAGUCAUCAAUUAUUAGUAUGUUUUUAUAUCCAUAACACAGCGGAACGAGUCAAGUAGUUUUCACACAUCACGUUUUAUCAUUGCUAAACUGACGGUGAUUGAUGUCUAUCGAUAUUUUGUAUGCAUUGAUGAGCGGAUACGCAUGCCUCACGAAAGUUAACGUCUCUCACAAUUAAUAAAUAUUAUACUCAGAAUAUCAGUCUCAUAGCACAAUGGCCAAAAGCGAAUAUGUCACAGCCGUAAUCAAAUUACCAAGUGUAUUUGAAUUCGAAUACGCUGAUAUUCGAUUGUCUAAGACUCUAAAUUGCCCAUGCUUUUGUUUAUUUCGACACUAUUGUUGUUGUUUUAUUAAUUGUGUAUUUUAUAAGUUCAUUUUUCACCAGGUUGCUUUAUCGCAGUAUUAUAUGCUGUAAUUCAGCAACGAGGUGUGGCUAACUGGAUGGUUCGUUGAAUCUUCCGCGACCCCACUUCUAUUUCUACGAGUAGAUGUUUUCCGUUUUAUUAUAUAUUUUUGCUUUAUAUCGAUUUUUGCAUGACCGAAAUAAAUAUCUGAAUCUAAGCAAGGCCACCAGGGCAACGACCCACGGACAGUUGGUGCAAAACAAUUCAUCUUGGCAAUUUCGCUAAAAUGAGAGAGG